GAAGAAGAUUACACAGUCAGGAAACAGUAUUAAAGAAUGGCACAGAAACCUUUCAAGUCUGGGAGAACCCUCCUCCACCCGUCUACAUGCAGUUCUAUUUCUUUAAUUUGACAAAUCCUUUGGAAGUGAUUAAUGGGGCAACCCCUUUUGUGGAGGAAAUAGGGCCAUACACCUACAGAGAGUACAGGCCAAGAGUGAGUGUUCACAUUUUGGAGAAUGGCACCAAAGUAUCAGCUCUUAACCCAAAAACCUACGUAUUUGAUCCAGAGAAGUCCAUUGGAGACCCUGAAGUGGAUCUGAUCAGGACUGUAAAUAUUCCUGCAGUGACUGCAAUGGAAUGGGCCCAGACAAGUCCUCUGCACCUGCCCCUACAGCUGAUACUACUAUAUUACAGAGAAGAACUGUUUAUGACACGUACUGUUCAUGAAUUACUGUGGGGCUACAAAGAUAGUCUUCUGUCAACCAUUCAUUUCUUUUAUCCUGAGGUGGAUUCGGAAUUUGGUUUAUUUAAUAAGAUGAAUGGGACAGACGAUGGGGAAUAUGUUUUCCUAAGUGGGUCAAGGAACUACCUUAACUUCUCAAGGAUUGUGGAGUGGAAGGGAAAAAAGUCUCUGGAUUGGUGGACCACAAAGACUUGUAAUAUGAUCAAUGGGACAGAUGGAAAUUCUUUCCAUCCCCUGAUAAGCAAAGAUGAAAAACUCUAUGUUUUUUCUUCUGACUUCUGCAGAUCUCUGUAUUUGACGUUUGACAGCUUUAGGAGUGUGGCAGGUAUCCCUGCCUAUCGCUUUGUGCCCCCUGAAGAGCUCUUUGCCAAUACUUCUGUUAAUCCGGACAAUGCUGGAUUCUGUGUGCCAGCAGGAAACUGCCCUGGAACAGGUGUCCUGAAUGUCAGCAUCUGCAAGCAGGGUACCCCCAUAUUUUUAUCAUCCCCACAUUUUUACCAAGCAGACAAAAAGUAUAUUAACAGCAUACGGGGCAUGAAUCCAAAAAAGGAAGAUCAUGAGAUGUUCCUGGAUGUCAAUCCAUUGACAGGGGUGAUUCUCCAAGCAGCCAAGCGAAUCCAGAUCAACAUCUACAUCAAAAAAAUGCCUGAAUUUUUUGACACAGGCAGGAUCAGAACGCUGCUUUUCCCUGUGGUGUAUAUAAAUGAGAGUGUUUUGAUUGAUGAAGCAUCUGCCAGUAAGCUGAAAUAUGCUCUGUUCGAAACCACUCUAUUAAAGAACAUCCCUUUUGUAAUCAUGGCACUUGGUAUUAUUUUUGGGAUCGUUUUCAUUGUGCUUGUGUGCAGGUUCCGUGGAACAAAGGACGAGGGCAGAGAAGUUCUAAUAAACCCUGAGUAAGUGCAACCAACAAAGCUAUACAGCUAAUUUAAGAUGCAUAAGAUUUUCUUGUGAAACUCUGCCCAAGGUUCCUCCAAAAUGAGUUAAGAGCCAGAUAUGGCAGUGCCUGCCAGAGAUGAAUCUAAACCAAGCCCCAGUUCUGCGCGCACACACAAAUGUUAGGCAAAUGCCAGUUCUCAACCCUUCCUUGUAACUUGGGCUCAUUCAGCUGUAUUGUCCCAUUCAAGGCCCACAUUAGAGAAGUGAAAUGGUGUUAACCUUGGAAUUAUAACCUUACACCCUCAGCAGCUCCAGUGGAUUAAUCCUUCAAACUUCUGCUAUCAUUUUACAUUUAUAAUUUAAAUAAAAACAUAUCAAUUGUACAGUUCAGUACUGUACAAAAUUGUACACGGUUAACACCGUUCCAUAUGUGUAUUCCUGGUGUGUAGUGUUACAAAUGAGCAUGUUGGUAUUAAGGUUGUCAGUGCUUUGAGUAGUUCUGAGCCAAACUUUUACUCUCCCAGGACAGUGGUGUUUUCUGGAUGGACUGCCUGAACAGAGAGACAGACAGAGCAAUGUAGGAAGCUUUGAGGUCUCUAGCUGCUGUGGUUCAAGGAUGAUGUUGGCUUGUAUUCCAUAUUCUAAGCAGGUUCUUUCAUUACAGGAGAAAACAGCCAAAAUUCUCAACCCAGUAGUGUAUGUGUUGUUUCUCAGUUUGCAAGAACUUGGUGAUCCUGAUCUUACCUCAGGGGUGGCGGUGAUGACAUUAUUGUGGCAAAGUGCUAAGGGAGGGACACAUUAUCCUUCUGCAGCCUGGCAGAUUUCCUUCAAGUGGUGGCCGCCCCCAUUUGAAACCUUUGGUGUCAUUCUUGCAGGGCUGAGCAGGAGCCCUUAGAUAGCUUUCCACCAGGGAAUGCAUAAUGACUAAGGCCCUGCCUCCUUUAUGGGAGGGUCUGGUUCUUUUUUGCUUCACCUUCUUUGUUUCUUCUUUCCUUCCCUGCCUGACUGGCAGGCUCAGCCUUAGAGCCCAAAGCAGACCCCUUGGUUCUGGCCAACCCAGCUGACCCCUCAUCCUUACUCCAGCAACAUCAGAUACAUCCAUCUCUCCAAGUUCUUCAGCACAGUUGCAGGAAAUGAAAGGACAAUGGAACACUUGAAUGUCCUGCUUUCUCUGUAUCAGGUUUCUGUUUCCUGCAAACAGCAUGAUCAGAGAGGACCAUGAAAGUAAUACAGGCGUAGCUGUUGAAUUUAUUCCUGUAGCUUUCUGUACCCUAAUAGGGCUGCAUGUGUAGAUGCUGAGAUGUUUACUGUGCAGUUAAGUAGUCAACUAUACAGUAAACAUCUCGUGUAAAUAAUAUGAAAUGAUGAAAUAAUCUCACUCGUAUGCUGUCCAUCUCUUCUUCUAGUGUCAUCAUAGGAGAUGUUUUGUAAGCCCUGACGUCAGUCCCUGUGACGCUUUCAGGGCACAUAGUAGGAGCGUGCCUGUUGCCCUACAAUAAUGUACAGUGCCCUCCUUUUCUCAGCCAUCCAUGGGGAGGCGAAAGAGGCAUGCUGUGCUGUGAGCUGGCUUGCAUACUAAAAGUAGUACAGCAGCUGUCCUGCCCUGACAUCAAAUCAACAAUGCCGGGAAGGCUCCUGGCAUCGUUAUUCUUGCACAUCUAUGUAGUGGUCACACAGGCUAUGCUCUGGUGCUUUUUAGUGUAUUUGUUCCCUUGCAGGUUGUGGCCUGAAAGUUGGAUCUACUGGAUGAUAAAUGCCAGGAUCUCUCUUCUUUCUUGCAUUGAUUUUUCACUAUUACAUUUCUCCUCUUCCAGUCCUCUGUGACCUUCAGGCCUUGACUUUGAAAACUGUCUAAUGCCCCGCUGUUAACUUUGCUCUGUUGCCAUU